ACGUUUUUAAUUUUUAUUUGCAGAGAAGAGCAAAUCAAGUUCGCCCAAGGAUCCUAAACCCGACUGAAGGAAGGAAUAAGAGUAGAGAAGAGCGUUGCCAGAUAACUAAAAUAUUCAGUCAAUAAUAAAAUUCAUUCAGAUUUCCUUGUUUAGUUUCAGAGUAAAAUGUAAUUUGCGAAGUUUUCAAGACAAGAAAAAUCCGGGAAAUUUUUUUGUAGAAAACCGCGGGAAACUUUAAGAUAAAAUGGGGAAGUCUUGGGAUGCCUCAAGGAUUACCGAGAACAAGGAUCCUUGCUGGAAGGAGAGUAAACUCUCUAUGUCCUGUAUCAGUGAUAACGGAUUCGACAAAUCAAAGUGUACUCUUCAGUUUGAGAAUUAUAAGAGUUGUAAAACCUUCUGGAUGAAUGUUAAGUUUGCAAGAAGAAGACAGGGCUUGUACCCACUAGUGCCUGAAACAGAAGCAGAAAGGAAUCUUUUUAGAGAAAAGUACAGAGAAACAGGGGAGAUACCCGCCCGAGUAGAUUAAUGUACUGUACUGCAAGAACCUUUUGAAAUGUACUGUUGUUCAGUGGACAGUUCUGAACCGCCAUACUCUGUUGUUAUGAAAAAAUUAUACACACUAAAAUAUCACAAAACGAAUGUUAUUUUUUAAUAAAACAUAUUUUCUUGCUUAAGAGAAAAAUAACAAAUCCGCGAGAUGAAUGCAGAAUAUCCGGGAAAAACCUAUUUUUAGUCAGUUUUAGAGCCAAUAAGAAUUUGUAUAGAAUUUUGGAUUUUUCCAGA